AUGAGAACAAAGAACAAAUGUAGAUCUAGAUCUAUCGGAUUAUCGAGAAGGCUGUGCUAUGAAGGUUGAUCUUUUGUGUUCAAAUUUACUGUAUGGUUUAUAUCUGUCACAUUGCUUUUGUAUUUCAGCUAUAUAAAGUGAAUUAUGGCAGAAAUGGCGAGUUUGCAAGACGAUAAUUCAGAAGGAAAACAUGUUCAACUGUUUCGUGUUCGAAUGCGAGGCGUUUUCGAAAAGAUCAUGACUGGCGUGAGUUUAGAGAAGUUUGAGGAGAUUUAUGAGGCAGUGCUACAGGGAAGGCUGUCAUGUGCGGGGCGUUUGCACACGAUAUGGACGAGUACUGCACUGGAAGGCAUGGUGAAGGAACUGGAUGAGGUUAUCAUUGAGGAAAAUGUUAAUGAUAAGCUAAAACAAUUGGCAGAAAUCACUGAAGAGUGUCAACAAGACAGGGGCACAUUAGCAUGGAGGCCACCUGCGAACUUAUCGGAACAUGUUAGAUCGUUUGAUAUGAAGGAGAAGAUAAAAAGGAGAAAUGAAUUUGAAGCUUUUGUUAGUGAUAAAGAAGCUGAAGUGGAGAAACUGAAGAGAGAAGUGUCAGAUGGACGUAUGCGUGUUUGGAAACUAGAAAAUGUUUUAAAUGAACAGUUAAACAAGCUUCGCUCUGUUUAUGAAAGAGAGAACAAAUACCAAGCAGAGCUUCAAGUUCACUUUGACCAGUUAAAAGAACAAGUACAGUAGAUUCAUACUGAUGAGUGCAACAGUAAUGCAUUUAGUACAUUGUUUACUGUAGCGUAACCAGUAUAUGUCAGCCCUUGAAUAAUCAUAUAUGAAACAAGCACAGUCAGGACAGUAGUAACAGCCAAGCUGCGGUGGCCUUACCACAUGCACAGAACAACUAAUGAACUUCCAUAUUUGCUCUUAGGUUUUUAAAUAUUUUGUGAACUCUGGAGUCUGUGUAACUCUGAGUGAAUUUUAAUUGAAGGUGAAUUGCGGUAAAAUCACUCGUAAAAUUCAUAUGACAGGACUUGUAUUAAAUUUUUACUUAUUAUGUUUAAAUAUUUUGCUUAUCUUAUUAUUUUAUUUCUAGGUUGAAUAGGUUUAGCAGUAAAGAACACAAACAUGAACCAUCUGUUUCUGCAAUAACAUACACCUAAUUGAAAAUGGCAGGGAAAUUGAUUAGGUGGGGGGGCACAUACAAAUAAUUCUUGCAGAAGAGUAAAUGCGAAGAUGGUUGUCUUUUGCGUUAUUGUGCUGUACAGUUUGAUAGAAGUUUACUGACAUUUCAGAGGUGCUUGCUGCUUCCAUCAUCAGGGCAACGAGUGUUUGUAGGCUGUUUCUUUAUUAUAACUGUUUAAUACAAAGUUUUAAGGAAAAGUCAGUCAAACAUCUCCUUUAUAUAAACAAGUGUUGUACAGGUAUGUAAUUAAUGAUAAUACACCAACAAUCUUAAGCUCCUGUAAAGCAGCUGGCUAUGA